AUGCGUGGCUUUGCCGGCUCAGACUCUGACGAGGAUUCUGACGAUGAUACGAAGCGGGUCGUCAAGUCCGCGAGGGACAAGCGCUUUGACGAAAUGCGGAGCUCUGUGAAGGCAUUGAAGAAUGGACAGAAGAUCAACGACUGGGUCGCAAUUCAGAAUGAGUUCGACAAACUCAACAAAGGGUACUCGAAGGCCAGCACCAUCAUCUCCCGGGAGGGAGUCCCGAGGUUCUACGUUCGUACUCUCGUAGAAUUAGAGGAGUACCUGAAGCAGGUUACGGCGAAUAAGGAUGCCGUGAAGAAAAUGAACGCUUCGUCGUCCCGAGCUCUCAAUGCCAUGAAACAGAAGCUGAAGAAGCACAACAAGGAGUACGAGGCCGACAUCGCCAAAUUCCAAGCUAACCCCGUGGACGAGGACGAAUCAGCAGAUGAGGCUGAAGCGCUCGCUGCAAAGAAGGCCGAUGACGAAGAAGCACUUGCGGCUCGUGAAAAGUUCGUCAAGAAGGCUAGGGUUGAGGAUGGCGACAGCGACUUCGAGCAGGCAGGCGGGAAAGGGGUAAAGGGCGACGUGAAGGAAGGUGGAGACGAUUUCCAAGUUGUCGGAAAAGGUGGAAAGACUUUCGAGGUCAAGCCUGAGGAUCUUUUCAAGAAACUUCAGGAGAUUAUCGAGGCCCGUGGUAAAAAGGGUACGGAUCGCCAAUUGCAAAUGGACAAUCUGCAACGCAUUUUAGACGUUGCCACCACGCCGUAUCAAAAAGCGAAGGUUCUCCUCGCGUUGAUCCCUGCCCGCUUCGACUCUGCACCCAGUUCCACCAACUUUGUCGCUGCAGACGUAUGGAGAUCCGCAGCCACCGAGCUCAACGCAUUGUUUGCCAUUCUUGAGGAACACCAGAACAUCAAAAUCGUAGAGCUCACGGAAGAGGAGGAUUCGGAAACGGUCGCUGAGGAGAAGGCAAAGAAUGCCGCUCCUAUCACUAUUCGUGGCAGCUUGGGAUCCUUGAUUGACCGCAUCGACGACGAAUUCACAAAAUCUCUUCAACACAUCGACCCCCACACCCUGGACUAUGUCAGCCGACUGAGAGACGAGACCAGCCUCUACGCCCUCAUUGUCCGCGCUCAGAAGUACUUCGAGCGCAUUGACGCCUCCCAGGCCCUUGACCACACGAAGAUGCGCCGUAUUGAGCACAUUUACUACAAACCCGACAUCGUGAUCCGGGCUGUGGAGAAGGAGGUGCGCACACUGUACCCAGCACUGACCGAGGCGUUGGAAGAGCCCGAGACCCUUGUCGAACACCUCUGCACAAGUCUGUACAAGACCGACGUCGACCGCGUUCGUACCCGCGCCCUUUUGUGCCACGUUUACCAUCUGGCUCUCCACGACAAAUUCGACAAAGCCCGCGACCUUAUGCUCAUGUCUCACCUGCAGGACCACGUGGGUCAGACGGAAGUUUACACGCAGAUUCUCUUCAACAGGACAAUGGCGCAGCUCGGUCUGUGCGCAUUCCGAUGCGGUCUGAUCCGGGAAGCAGCAAACGCAUUACAAGAGCUGUCCUCUUCCGGAAAGGUCAAGGAGCUCUUGGCACAAGGAGUUCAGAUGCAGCGGUAUAUGGAGAAGACACCCGAACAAGAGCGCCUGGAAAAGCAGAGGCAGUUGCCUUUCCACAUGCACAUCAACCUGGAACUUCUGGAAUGUGUCUACUUGACAUGCUCCAUGCUCUUGGAGAUUCCGAACAUGGCCGCCAACGCCCACGAACCUCGCCGCAAGGUUAUCAGCAAGCCAUUUAGGAGGAUGUUGGACUACAACGAACGCCAAGUGUUUGCAGGACCCCCUGAGAACACUAGGGACCACAUCAUGACCGCAGCCAAGGCCCUCGCCGCUGGCGAAUGGGAACGCUGCGUAGAGUUAAUACACGCCGUCAAGAUCUGGGACCUGAUGCCGAACACCGAACAAAUCAAGAACCUCCUCACCAAAAAGAUCAAGGAGGAAGGCUUGCGCACGUACUUCUUUACCUACUCCCCUUACUACGACUCCCUAAGCAUUGACCAACUGGCCUCUAUGUUCGACUUCCCAUCGGCCGAAGUGCGCGGUGUCGUUUCCCGCAUGAUCAUCAACGAAGAGCUCCACGCGUCCAUCGACAGGCCAUCGAACAGCAUCGUGCUUCACCGUGCGGCCGGCGCGGCUGGCGUCGAGACAUCACGACUCGAGCACCUCGCUGGCGUGUAUGCCGACAAGGUGCAGAACCUCGUCGACAGCAACGAGCGUCUCCUCGAAAGCCGAUCGAUUCACCUCGGCCUGCAGCAACAGCAGCAGCAGUCGCAAGAAAAGCGUGGAGAGUUCCGUGGUGGCCAGCGCGACCACCGUGGCGGAGGCCAGGGCGGAGGUCAGGGAUACCGUGGAGGACGCGGAGGAGGUCGUGGUGGAUACGGAGGUGACCGCGGCGGACGAGGUGGACGUGGGCGUGGCGGAUCAAGAGCUGGUCGCUAG